UGAGGGAUGAUAUAAAAACUCAGCUGCUCCAUCAAUAGCCAGUAUACAACACACUGGAAUCAAGACCUUGAGAUCAACACAUCUGAUACACAGAGAUGAAUCUGCACACUUUUCUUUUUGUGGUGAGCUGUUGUGCCUUAACGCCGUAUGCUUUAGCAAAUGAAGAAAGUGCUGGAAGACAAUUCAUUCUGGAAUCAUUUGAGGAAGCAAAAAAUAUAGUAGAUUCUGCCUACAAAUUUUCUCGGGAUGAGAGUUUAGCAAGGGUGCGCAAAGAUGUGAUCAAACCUUCGGACAAACUUCGUCUGCUGAAACAGCCGGCUCGAAAAACACGUGAGGCUGUGAGAGCCGCAGACUACAUGGCACAAACGCUGAGACUGAUCUCUGAGAAAACUCAUCAUGCACACAAGAGAUCCAUUAAUGCUACAAACUUGCUUACUCCUGAAGAACUUAACAUCAUCAGGCAUCUGACCGGUUGUUCUGCUCAAACCCGACCCCCGUCUUGUAGGACCACACCCCUCAUAAACAAGUAUCGGACUGCCACCAGUGUAUGCAACAAUCGGAAAAACCCACUGCUUGGUGCAUCUAACAACCCUUUCGCCCGUUGGCUGCCUGCUCAAUACGAGGAUAAUGUCUCGCAGCCCAAGGGGUGGAACCCCAACAAAUUGUACAAUGGUGCAGCAUUGCCCCUGGUCAGACUGGUUUCCAAUCGUAUUCUGAGCACUGCAGAUGCGGAUGUAACGAGUGAUCGUGAGUUCACCUUUAUGCUCACCAUCUUCGGCCAGUGGGUCGACCAUGAUUUGACUUUUACACCCUUUUCACCGAGCAUUAAAUCCUUCAGCAAUGGCCUUAACUGUGAUGAGAGCUGUGAGCAUUCUGAACCCUGUUUCCCAAUCCAGGUCCCAAUAAAAGACUCCCGUCUGAGUACAAACUCCUGCAUGCCAGUUUUCCGAUCAUCACCUACCUGUGGUUCUGGGAACACUGCCUAUAUGUUUGGAGGUUCAGCCAAUGUUCGGGAACAGAUCAACGCUCUGACAGCUUUUCUAGAUGCCGGACAGGUUUACGGGUCGGAGGACGGACUGGCGAAAGACCUGCGUGACCUGACCAAUGAUGACGGUCUGCUACGUGUCAACAAUCAGUACCAUGAUAAUGGACGAGAGCACCUGCCCUUUACCAGUGUAAAGAGCAACAUGUGUGCCACACGUGGGAAAACACUGAAUGAUACGAGCCUUACAGAGGUGCCUUGCUUUAUUGCAGGGGAUGUUCGUGUUGACGAGAACAUUGCUCUUACCUCAUUACAUGCAUUAUUCAUGAGAGAGCACAACCGAUUGGCUCGUGCCCUCCGUGUACUUAACCCAAGUUGGAGUAGUGAAACCCUCUAUCAGGAGGCACGGAAAAUUGUGGGUGCCUACCAACAGGUGAUUGUGGUCCGAGAUUACUUGCCCCACAUUGUUGGCCCUGACGCCUUCAAAAGCCACUUUGGUAAAUAUCCAGGUUACAAUGAGAAAGUGGACCCCAGCAUUGCUAACGUCUUUGCCACUGCAGCAUUUCGCUUUGCUCACCUGACCAUCCAACCCAUCAUACACCGUCUUGAUGAAAACUAUCUGAACCAUCCUCAGUUUUCAAACGUUUCCCUUUUUGAGGCCUUCUUUUCACCCUGGAGGGUGAUCUUUGAGGGGGGAAUAGAUCCUCUGCUCCGUGGAUUGAUUGGCCGGCCAGCAAAAUUAAAUACACAGGAUCACAUGAUGGUAGAUGCAGUUAGAGAGAGACUGUUUGCCUUUACAAGCCACAUAGCUUUGGAUCUUGCCUCCCUUAACAUGCAAAGAAGCCGUGACCAUGGUAUACCAGGCUAUAAUGCAUGGCGUCAAUUCUGUGGACUCUCCGCCCCUCAAAAUGAGAGGGAAUUGGCUUUAGUGAUGGACAACACUCAACUGGCACGCCAGCUUGUAGAGCUUUACGGUAACCCUGCAAACAUUGAUGUCUGGCUGGGAGGCGUCUCUGAGCCUUUUGUACCCGGUGGACGUGUCGGCCCUCUUUUUGCCUGCCUUAUCUCUAUGCAGUUCCAGCGCAUCCGUGAGGGUGACAGGUUAUGGUGGGAGAACCCUGGAGUGUUUACCACAAAACAAAGAACCUCACUUGCGUCUGCGUCAUUGGCACGCAUCAUCUGCAACAACACAGCAAUCCAGAGAGUUCCCAGCGAUCCCUUCCGCUUCAGCAGUCCUUCCAAUUACAUUAACUGUAAAACUAUCCCAGCCUUUGAUCUCCGCCCUUGGAUUGAGACGGCUAAAUAGGGUGUAGCAGGUACGCCUGGACCUCCUAUUAACACCAAUGGACAACAAUCAGCCUUCUUUGCUUCACUUGGCCAAAUCCUCCCUGCCUCUGCUAAAACUGUGGUGUUUAGACAGGUCCUUUACAAUCUACAGAAGCAUUAUAAUAACCAAAGAACAGGGGUGUAUACAAUCAGACAGUCCACAAACUUGGAUUUUGGACACUGUGACUUUAAAGAAAAAUCUGAUUGCACAGCUGAAGGGCAGGUCAUUUUAAGGCUACAGAAAGGUCUGUGGAUAGCGUUUUUUCUUGGUGCAAUUGGUAUAAGCAGUUUCUGCUUCUUCUCUGGCCAUAUUCUCUUCCCUGUUUAAAGCAUUUAUUAGGUAUCAUUUUCAUUUUAUGUAUCCGUAAAUGCAUUUGCAUACAAAUAUACAUAUCCUUUGUGUUGUUGCCAGAUUGCAGGAAAAAUAUUUUGUAGUUUGUGACAGUUUAUUAUUUCUGUGUAUUGCUUUUAGCCUAUGGAAAAAUAAACUUUAUAUGCCAUUGA